GCCGCUGGAGGAGUUGGGCGGCUGUUGCUCCCUCUCCGCCCGGAGGAGGAGGAAGAGGAGGAAGAAGAAGCUUCGGCUGCCGCCUCUCGGAUCCCCCCCUCCCUCCCCCCUUUCCCCUUCCGCCCCACACCUUUAUGGACGAGCGCCGGAGCUUGCUCUACUCUCCGGCCGCCUCCUCCGCCGGCCGGCAGCCGCGGGGCGGCUCCACGAGCAGCCACCACAACCUGGGCUACACCGAGCAGCUGCCCCCCGCCGCCCCCCAGCCGGGCCCCGAGCAGCAGGAGGAAGAGGGCGAAGAAGGGGAGGAAGGCAGCAUGACCGUGGUGGGAGGAGGAGGCGGCGGCGGCGGCGGGGACCCUUUGCUGGAGGAGCCCCAGCAUCCCCCUGCGCUGCUCGGGGGGGAGCGCUACGAUCAGCCCCCGGCGCCGGCCGUGCCCGCCGGGCAGCCCGCGGGCGCUGCGGAGCACGAGUGCUGCGAGCGCGUGGUCAUCAACAUCUCGGGGCUGCGCUUCGAGACCCAGCUCAAAACCCUGGCACAGUUCCCCGAGACGCUGCUGGGGGACCCCCGCAAGAGGAUGCGUUACUUCGACCCCCUCCGCAAUGAGUAUUUUUUCGACCGCAACCGUCCCAGCUUUGACGCCAUCCUCUACUACUACCAGUCGGGCGGGCGCAUCCGGCGUCCCGUCAAUGUCCCCAUCGACAUCUUCUCCGAGGAGAUCCGCUUCUACCAGCUGGGGGAGGAGGCCAUGGAGAAGUUUCGGGAGGACGAGGGUUUCAUUCGGGAGGAGCAGCGGCCGCUUCCCGAGAAGGAGUUUCAGCGCCAGGUGUGGCUCCUCUUUGAGUACCCCGAGAGCUCCGGGCCGGCCCGAGGCAUUGCCAUUGUCUCUGUCCUGGUCAUCCUUAUCUCUAUUGUUAUCUUCUGUCUGGAGACCUUGCCUGAAUUCAGGGAUGACCAUGACUAUGAGGGAACUGGGGCCUUCGGGACAGGCGGCGGCCCUCUCACACCUGAUGUCUUCACCAACUCCUCAUCCUCGCCUGCUUCCAUGGUGUCAUCCUUCACCGACCCUUUCUUUGUGGUAGAGACUUUGUGCAUCAUCUGGUUCUCCUUUGAGCUGCUGGUCCGUUUCUUUGCCUGCCCCAGCAAGGCCACCUUCUCCAAGAACAUCAUGAACAUCAUUGACAUUGUGGCCAUCAUCCCCUACUUCAUCACGCUGGGCACGGAGCUGGCUGAGCGGCAAGGCAACGGCCAGCAAGCCAUGUCCUUGGCCAUCCUCAGAGUCAUCCGCCUCGUCAGGGUCUUCCGCAUCUUCAAGCUCUCCCGGCACUCCAAGGGGCUGCAGAUCCUGGGGCAGACCCUCAAGGCCAGCAUGAGGGAGCUGGGCUUGCUCAUCUUCUUCCUCUUCAUUGGCGUCAUCCUCUUCUCCAGCGCCGUUUACUUUGCGGAAGCCGAUGACCCCAGCUCGGGGUUCAGUAGCAUCCCCGAUGCCUUCUGGUGGGCCGUGGUCACCAUGACCACCGUGGGCUAUGGGGACAUGCACCCCAUCACCAUUGGGGGCAAGAUCGUGGGUUCUCUGUGCGCCAUCGCGGGGGUGCUGACCAUCGCCCUGCCCGUGCCCGUCAUCGUCUCCAAUUUCAAUUAUUUCUACCACCGGGAGACGGAGGGUGAGGAACAAGCCCAGUACAUGCAUGUCGGGAGCUGCCAGCACCUCUCGUCCAGCGAGGAGAUGAAGAAGGCUCGCAGCAAUUCCACCCUCAGCAAGUCCGAGUACAUGGUGAUUGAGGAAGGGGGGAUCAACCACAGUGCAUUCAAACAGGCUGCCUUUAAAGCAGGCAACUGCACAACCACAAACAAUCCCAACUGUGUGAACAUCAAAAAGAUCUUUACGGAUGUUUAAAACAAACCCAAACCAAACGAACAGCAACAAAAUGUGAGGAUGCAGAGAAACAAUACCAAUAAUAAUAAUAAUAAUACCAAUAAUAAUGCAAAGUGACUGUGUGUCGGUGUUGUGUGGAACAUGCACCAUCGUCGGUCCUGUGUGUGCCCUCGUUUUUAUACCUUUAUUUUUUUAUAUCCUUCCUUUCUAAAGAUCCAAAAGUAAAAGGAUUUAAAAUUCUCUGAAGAAGAGGACAGCUAAAGGGUAAAGAGAAGGAAGAUGAAGACAAACCACACUCACUGUCAAAACAGGUGUUUGUUCUGCAACGUGUUGCAGGGCUGCUUUGCUUUUUGGGCUUUUGGGGAACCUCUUGCUUUGCUCCUGAAUUUCCCCCUCUUUCCCUAAGGGCAGUGUGUAGCCAAUUUCCCUUCCAUGGCAUAAGAUAACUUGUUGGAUUAACAAACUCGGACUGGGUGGAGGAACGAGGCAAAACAUGAGGCAGAGUGUACUGGGAGGGGGCUGGGAGGAAAUAACCAUUUAAUUCUGCAGAGAGUCUCUGUUACCACAUCGUUAAAUGAUGCUUAAUAUUGAAACAUGUGAUGUGCCAUUACGGGCACAUCCCAGAUUUCCUUUUUCUCCCCAUUAGAUCGUUUAUGAAAUUCUAAUCUGGUCAGAGACCGAGUGCAAUCAAUGCUGAUUUAAAUAGGAAAAAACCUCCCUAAGCCUUCGUUUUCUAUUCUGGAUUCCCUUCCCCUGUAACCUGAUGGAAUUAUUUCCUCCAAUGUCAAGUCUGUGGCCGUGCAGCGGGGAUGUGUGCGGGAGGAGGGGCAGGAGAGGCAGACUGGAAUGUUUUCGGGAGCCGCCGGUGUCGGCACGGAGCAGGAUCCACGACGGGCUCCACGCUGUGCCUGGGAGCCUCCAACCCGCCCAGCCGCAGACAAAGGGAUAUUUCCCCCUCGUUUUGCAAUGCCUUUGGAAGAGAUGCAGCCGCUUAUCACCAGAAGAUUAAAGUGGCGAACACGCCUUCCAGCGGAAGUCACUAAUUCCGACCGGAGUGAUGCAGUUGCCAUGGUGACCACGGUUUCCUGGGAAACCCCCAAAGGUUGUCAUGGCAUCCCUUCUCCCAUCCCCCUUGGUCCUUGCUCUUCCCGCAAAAAGCCUUUCCAGAUGGUUCCAGCUCCUCCAUCCCACAAGACAUCGUGGCUCUGCACCCCCUUCCUGCUUCCUGUCCUGCUGCUCCUCCCGUGUGCCCAACAAAGCAUCCACAGGCAACAAGCACCCCCAGAUCCACCUGUGCCUCACCUGGGCAGUGCAAUCUGGGGAUGGAGGUUCAUCCUGCUCCACCAAGAACCACUCCAAACCCAGUGGGAGCCGGCACCGAGCAAGCUUGGCCGGGGAACCUCGGCAGCUUUGUGAAACAAGGGGGACAGUAAAAAAAUCAGGAUUGAAAAAUAACCAAAAAUCCCUCUGGGAAAAAAAUCACCGGCUUCAUCUUCACGUGUAUGCCAGGGGCCAUGGGACAUCUGACGGGAUCAGAUCACAGAAGAAGUUUUGAAAUGAAGACCUUCAGGACUGUGUUGAGAAGUAAAACAUCUCCAAGGAAAGGACAAACAUCCCAAACAUCCCCAGCAUCCCAACACGGUGCCCGACGCUGCCGUGGACCCGACUGACAGAGGGCCUGUCCUCCCCAGCUAAACCCAGUCCAUAUUUCAUAUAUAUUUAUUUAUAUAUGGAAUAUCCCCCACUUUAUCUGUGCUUUCUAACAAGUGCAUUAUGCAGAAGGGAACAUCUUUGGAGCCAGAUUAUCUUCAACUUAUGUGCAAUAUAACAGGACUGAGCAAAGCCGGGAGAAAGGAGGAGGAGAGGUGGAAGUCACUUGGACAUUAUUUCAGUAUUUUUUAAUAUUAUUAAAAAAAAAUCUCUUGAAAGAUGAAGCAACCAGAAAGGAAAUGUUAAG